GCCGCCAUGGAUCUAUUGGUACUGGUGGGAGUAUCUACCUGCACACUGUCAUGGUCGGGGGUGGUCUCCUGGACGGGAGGUGCCGACGCAUGUCCACCACUGGUGCGCUCCAUGGUCUGGGAGGACAGCGAGACUAAGUCUGGGUGCAACGCGCACGCGUCCCUGAGGUAAACUGUCAGCGUCAACUUGACCGGGACGUUUUAUGGCAUGUAAGAUGACAUGGGCAUAACCCCAAACAACUCCCCGGGAUUAUCACGGCGGAAGCCCGCGGGGUUAGAAAUCAGGCCUCUUCUCUCUCUCUACCCAAUUGGUCGAAGAAAAUCACUAGCAGGUUCAGAAUCUGCGUCUCACUUAGAAAGUUUAGCAUCGUUGUCGAGUGAGCCGAGGAGCGGAGACCUUACCCCUGACUCGGCAUUAGUUGCCGCGGUUGAAACGGAUAUAGUGGGAAGUCAGGAAGUACGUUAUGACGCAGCCGAUUUCGAGUUCAUUGCCCCUCUGGAGCGAAUGGUUGCAAAAGUGCUGCACAAACCGAGUGGCAUUACCAUGGCCCGCAAGAUUCUUCCGAUAACGACACGUGAGAAUACGCCCAGAGCAAAAGAAAGGAACUUGAUAUUGCGAGAACUUUCAAUAUUGCGCAAGCUCCGUUCACCAUAUGUUGUGACCUUCCUCGGAGCAUACAUCAAUGAAGGGGACAUAGUAAUGCUGUUGGAAUAUAUGGAUUUAGGGUCAUUAAGCAAUGUCUACCUGAAGACUGGACCUAUAGAAGAAGCAUAUGUUGGUAAAGUCGCAGUGCAGGUCUUACGGGGUUUAUGUUAUCUCUAUGACGAGUGUCAUAUUGUUCAUAGAGAUAUCAAACCUGCCAAUCUCCUACUGAAUCGACUGGGAGAGGUGAAGAUAUCCGAUUUUGGCGUCAGCAAGGACCUUGUUGAAUCAGCGGCACUAACAUUCACAGGGACACAAGGGUAUAUGGCACCAGAAAGGUCUUGCGCUAGCAUGCCCAUAACAGUUAUUUCUGAUAUAUGGAGUCUUGGUGUGACCUUGAUGGAGAUUGCAUUAGCAAAAUUCCCUUAUCCACCUUUGACAUCGGUUCUGGACUUGAUAGAAUUCGUCCAGGAAGGUCCUACCCCUUCCUUACCUCCAGGACGUUUCUCGGAGUCUUUCGAACAAUUUAUCAAUCUCUGUCUGAUCAAAGAUCCGGCACAACGACCCUCACCAUCGGUUCUCCUAGCAGAGCCCUUCUGUGCGAAUGCUAUUGUAGAUGGAUUGGAUAUGCGGGAAUGGGCUGAGUCCAUUGCAACAAGAAUCCUAGGUUGAUGGUGGACAAGGUAUUUACCGGAUACACGCGCCGAAGGAACAGUAGAUACCACCCGCCAGCUGAAAGUUCGGAGUCAUGACUAUCAUGAGAGGGUCACCGCUCUUGAAUCCUCCACUUCGCCUCUUACUUUGAUGCUGGAUCUAAUACGAUCCAAACUCGUCCAUCCAUUCCUGGUACCGCUUCAGAUCGGCCUGGCUGACUGAUGAUUGUAUUUUCGAUAUGGCCGCUUCAAAAUCUUCCUUUGUGGCCGGCGCUUCAAGUUCCUCUAUGUCAGUAGUUCGCGUCAAAUGUGUGGUCAAUAGAAAAGACUUCCGUAACAUCUAGUCGCUGUCUACCUUUAGAAAUACUGCGGAUCUGUUCUGGACUGAGACCGCGAAUCCGUUUGCGCAUGCUCAUCAUGGACGCAUCGCGGCAUAUCUAAGCGGGUGCCAAUGAUGAGGGGGAGAACAUAACGAUAAAACAAAUUGAGACGAACAUUGGUUAUAUCAGCGCCGCUAUAUCCGUCGAUCUUUUCAGCCAGUUCUUCCAGAACAACAUCAUCUGCGAUUUUAAUAGAUUGCAGGUUUAAUCGCAGCAGUUCCCGGCGGGUUUCUAAGUCGGGUAAAGACGUCUUCGCAAUGCCUCAUCAAUAUGCCAUGGAAAAUUGGUUGCCGCUAAAACCAUUACAAUGGGCUCUCUCUCACCCUCGGCAUUGGUACCCAGGGAGCCGCUGAUACCGUCCAUUUGCAUGAGAAUCUCAGAUUUGACUCUACGACUGGCUUCAUGCUCAGAGCCCUCUCCCCUCGUGCUGCACACAGAAUCGAUUUCAUCGAUGAAGAUGGUCGAGGGGGCAUAAUGUCGAGCCAUUUCGAAAAGCAACUAGAUGGAAUUGAUGAGGGAGGGCUAUCAGUAAAUGCAAAGUCUGGUGACUUACUCGAACAAUUUUUUCCGAAUCCCCACGCCAUUUGGACGUCAACAUACUUGCUGUCACGUUAAAAAACGUGGUCCCACAUUCCUAAUAUGACGAUUGGAGAUUCUCUUGACAGCAAGCAAGCGCAAAUCUUUGUUCUUACAGUUGCCACGGCCUUGGCCAGUAGAGUCUUCCCCGUACCAGGCGGACCAGUCAUCAACACGCCUUUCCAAGGCCUACGUAUCCCUGUAAUAUAAAUGAUAAGUGGGUUAACAAGGCUUUGCAAUACCAAGCUAUUUCUUGUAAGUGUUAUUAGCCAGGAACAAGGGCAGAACCUUGGAAGAAAUCAGGCAUCCAAAGGGGCAGGACAAUCGCUUCUUCCAGCAGACUCUUGGCCUCUCGUAAACCUUGAAUUACAAUUCAUGUGAGGAGCAUUAGCGAAAUGGCAGCGGCUACAAAUCAUGUGCCCCAGUAACCUGCAAUGUCUGUCCAUCUCACAUU